AUGUUUCAUUUCAUCUUCUUGCUUUCUCUUCUUCUUUCUUCUUCUUUUUCUUUCUUUCUUUCUUUCUUUCUUUCUUCUUUUUUCUUCUUCUUUCUAAUUCUUUCUUCUUUCGUCGUCUUCUUUCUUCUUCCUCUUUCAACUUCUUUUCUCUUGCUUCUUUUUCUUCCUCUUCCUCUUCUUCCUCUUUCUUCUUUUUUUCGUCUUCUUCUUUCUUCUUUUUUCUUCUUCUUUGUUCUUCUCUGUUCUUUUUCUUUCUUAUUCUUUUCCGUUACUUAUCUAUCUAUCUAUCUAUCUAUCUAUCUAUCUAUCUAUCUAUCUAUCUAUCUCAGUGUGUUUAUUAUCUAUCGCCGUCUUUUCUUCUCUCUCUCUCUCUCUAUCUAUCUAUCUAUCUAUCGCAGUGUGUUCAUUAUCUAUUUAUCUAUCUAUCACAGUAUGUUUAUCUAUCUAUCUAUCUAUCUAUCUAUCUAUCUAUCUAUCACAGUAUGUUUAUUAUCUAUCUAUCUAUCUAUCUAUCUAUCUAUCUCAGUGUGUUUUUAUCUAUCUAUCUAUCUAUCUAUCUAUCUAUCUAUCUCAGUGUGUUUAUUAUCUAUCGCCGUCUUUUCUUCUCUCUCUCUCUCUCUAUCUAUCUAUCUAUCUAUCUAUCUAUCUAUCUAUCGCAGUGUGUUCAUUAUCUAUUUAUCUAUCUAUCACAGUAUGUUUAUCUAUCUAUCUAUCUAUCUAUCUAUCUAUCACAGUAUGUUUAUUAUCUAUCUAUCUAUCUAUCUAUCUAUCUAUCUAUCUAUCUAUCUAUCUAUCUCAGUGUGUUUUUAUCUAUCUAUCUAUCUAUCUAUCUAUCUAUCUAUCUAUCUAUCUAUCUCAGUGUGUUUAUUAUCUAUCAUAAAUCUUUUUUUCUCUCUCUCUCUCUAUCUAUCUAUCUACCUAUCUAUCUAUCUAUCGCAGUGUGUUCAUUAUCUAUUUAUCUAUCUAUCACAGUAUGUUUAUCUAUCUAUCUAUCUAUCUAUCUAUCUAUCUAUCUAUCACAGUAUGUUUAUUAUCUAUCUAUCUAUCUAUCUAUCUAUCUAUCUAUCUAUCUAUCUAUCUAUCUAUCUCAGUGUGUUUUUAUCUAUCUAUCUAUCUAUCUAUCUAUCUAUCUAUCUAUCUAUCUAUCUCAGUGUGUUUAUUAUCUAUCGCCGUCUUUUCUUCUCUCUCUCUCUCUCUCUCUCUCUAUCUAUCUAUCUAUCUAUCUAUCACAGUAUGUUUAUUAUCUAUCUAUCUAUAGGAGAAAUGGAUAGCGGCUUGACAGACAUUCACUACGCCACCGUUGGACGCAAGAUGUGGGUUUUUGGAAUUUUAUUUUUCGUAUUACGAGCACUAUAUUUUUUUUUAUCUUUUUUCUUUCUUUCUAUUUAUUUUCUUACUUUCUCCCUUUUUUUUUUCUUUUUUCUCUUUAUUUUUGUGACCUCCUGA